CCUAACCUACUGUACUCAAGCAGAUUCUCGCGCGUCAUAGGCUUGCUGUGCUAAACUGCUCGGUUGAGGCGGCCGACCCGCCGGAGGAUCAUACCAAGACCAAAUUAGCGACAUGAUGAUCAGUACAAUAGGCCUAGGGUCUAGGCAAUUUUUUCUCCCUCGUUCCAGCUUAGUGAUCAAAGAAAGGCUCCAUGCGCGGCGCAGGCGCAGGCGCAGGCGCAUGUCAGCCUCCAGCAAUUUAUUGAACAUUGUAACUUUCGUACCUUGCAGCUCACUCCUAAUCGUAAGCAAAGCAGUCUUUAUCCUCUACGGGCCCCUAAACCUCUAAACCUGAUACCUAACGCACUCACUGGCCCUACCCGUUCCACGCGGACGGCAAUGACGAAGAAAUCGACGAGCUCAAUCCAUAGGGUGCCAUCGGCUGGCGGGGUCGAGCACGGCUACCCCCAGGGUCACCUUGGCCACUUGACCGCCAGUGAAGAGAAGGCGUUGAGCGAGUUCAAGGUCCUGCUCGAGGAGAAGAACCUCUGGACACCUGGCCCGCCGCCGUCUCACGAUGACCCUACUCUUAUCCGCUACCUCCGAGCGCGGAAAUGGGUCGUGCAAGAUGCAUAUGGGCAAUUCAGUGACACCGAGAAGUUCCGCAAGGCCAAUGACAUAGGGGUCCUCUACGAUACCAUGGACAUUGAAGCCUACGAGACGUCUAAAAAACUGUACCCUAGGUUCGUGGGACGACGAGACCGCAGAGGUAUUCCGAUCUACGUAUACCAAGUGCGACACCUUGAUUCAUCUGUCAUAUCCAAGUACGAGAAGUCGGCGGACACAACAUUCAGCCAAGCCAAGACGGACGGUAAGACGCCGGGCAAGCUGCUCCGCUUGUUUGCGUUGUACGAGAACCUCACCCGCUUCAUACAACCAUUAUCCACCGAGUGCACCGACCGGGACAAUGCGGAGACUCCUAUUACAUUGAGCACCAACAUCGUGGACAUCUCACACGUCACCUUGAAGAUGUUCUGGAAUCUGAAGAAUCACAUGCAAGCGGCCAGUCAAUUGGCCACGUCCCAUUACCCCGAGACUCUUGACCGUAUCUUCAUCAUCGGUGCCCCACCCUUCUUCAACACGGUAUGGGGCUGGAUCAAACGGUGGUUCGACCCUGUGACCGUCUCCAAGAUAUUCAUCUUAGGCCACGCAGAGGUUCUACCCGUCUUGAGCAGCUUCAUUGACAUCAAGAACAUCCCCAAAGCCUAUGGUGGUGAACUGGAAUGGGACUUCUUUGAUGAACCAAGAUGGGAUGACCCUGAGAUUGAGAGAAUCCUAACCUUCCAGAAUGGCCAUACCAAGUUCCCCGCCGGUCCCAUGUAUAUGAGACCAGCAGCAGAUGGAAAGACUAUGGAGCUUGUUGCUGUGGGAAGCGAGGAACAGAAGUUACGGAAAGAAGUCUUUGCCACGGUCCCCAAGGCAUUCCCAUCCUCGGCCAACGGUGCUGCUGUCAAGACUGCGCCUGUUGACCCCGAAACGGAAAAGCCUCUGGUUGCUCCAGCGGCAACCAAUUCCGACAUUCCCCAAGUCGACCCAAUUGCGGAUUGAGAACAACGACGAAAUGUGCCUUCUAGCUUUGAAUGAUGGUGUGAUUGCUUCCAAGAGGCUUUCAUCGAGGAAUAUGGCAUGAAAAGUGACUCACGUCCUCCCUUAAGAGAAUUGCAAGGAGAAUCUUACUGGGUGCACACGACGGUGCUAACAGAUAGGGGGGUAUGCCAAGGGAUCAACAUAUAGAGAAGCAUAUCCUGUUAGGGAAUUUGAAUGCUUAGAAAGAGGUUUAGGAAUACAAACAGCAUUGGGUAUAUAAUUAUGUAUGCAAACAUAAAUGUCUAAUACAUGCCACAGUUUUAAAGACCGCUCAUUAAGGUUGCAAUCCCCAACACCAAGAACGCCUCG